AUGCGACACUGGGCAUUGGGACGCCUUGUCUCAGAUGUCAUCGAAGACUUCGACGUGUCCUCCAGAACUGCCAGCGACUGGUACAGUUUUUGUCGCGACGUGUGCUCGUCCGAGAUACUGACUGUGAGCUGCGAAAUGAAGAUUGGUGGAGUGGGCUCCUUUGUCGAGAUCGACGAAACGUCGCUCAAGAAGUCCAAGUACAAUUGCAGAAAGCGGCAUCUGGAAUGUUGGCGUUUUGGUGGCGUCGACAGAACGACGAAGAAGUGGUUUGCAGUACGGACUUAUGAAGACAGAACCAAGCGUACGUUGUCUGCUCUCAUUCGAAAACAUGUGCGACCCGGUACGUUGAUCAUGUCGGACAAAUUCGGGUCGUACGUGUCUUCGAUAGAAGAGUACACGUUAGCUAACAAUCCUACCUUGGCAAGGAUGGGAUACUCCCAUCAAUGGGUAAAUCACUCAGAAAACUUCGUGAACCCUAUCAACGGAGCCCACACGCAGUCCGUGGAGGGUGUGUGGGAAGUCCGCGUGAAUCAGUAUAACUAG